AUGCGAUACAUGGCAAAUGAAACGGGACGUAGGGGUUAUUAUGGGAACAAAAGCAGUGCAUUUCUUUCACUAAGGAAGUUUAAAACAUUUUGUUCCACUGUGAUUAGACAUCCAAAGAUUAACAUCGUGUUACCACUAUUGAUAGCGGUUAUUCUUUCAAGUAAAUUGUUCAGCAUUGCAAUUUCAGCGAGACAAAUUUGGAGAGAAUUGAAUGGAAAUCAAUAUAUCAGUAAAGUGGAAAUUUUAGACGAUCACAAUGCUGGAAGAAUACGUGAAAAUUCGCAUCUUGUAUUAUUACAAGUCUGGAUGAGAUGUGUUGGGGAGAAUUUUGAUAAUAUUUUAGGGAAGAGGACUCUAUUGGAAUCAUUAGCACUACAAAACAAACUACUGAACAAUGUUAGCACUGCGAUGAUGGUUAAGUCACCUUUUCAACUUUGGAAUCAUUCUCUAAAGAAUUUAAGAAGUGAUCCUGCACCUUUACAAACAAUAAAUUCUAACUUGCUUUCAUUACCACAAUAUUCAUUCUUUGGAACAUGGAAAAUCAACGGGCUUGUUUCCUCUGCGGCUGGGAUAACAAUAUCAAUCCUUGUAAAUAGUACAGAUUCCCAAAAGCUAUUGGAUUCCUUAAAUUACAACGUGGUACAUUUAAAUGGAAUGUCGAAUAUUACCAAUUUCCAUAUCUUCCCGCCAUUGAAUGUUAAUAGUGCUGAAAAUGAAUCUUUGAGGUUGUACAUGAUCAAAUUGGGAUCACAUUAUAAAACUAUUUUUUCCCUUUUACAUCUAGCAGUUUUCGUCUAUUUUGUCUUUUCAAUGAAAAGGUUGAAAAAGACGGUCAAAUCUGUUGUUGGCAUUAUAUUAGCCAUGGUUGCUCAGCUUUUAUUUACAAUUGGUUCAGCAAUUACCUUAACAAAUUUUUUCUACAAAAGUUCAAACGACAAUAUCCCGUUUAGAGCUCUUUCGUGCGCGGUAAUUUUCUUUACGAUGAAUGAACAAAUUAGACUUUUGGACGAUACUAGUGGAUCUACUUUUGAAUCUAAGGCUCUGGAAGAUAGCGAAGGGUUUGCAUUAACUCAAGCUUAUGAUCCAGGAGAUGUAACUGCAGAUAGAAGUUUCCCAUCGUGUGCGGCUUUGUCCCAGAUUAAAUCUACAAAAUCAGCUUUUUUACUUUCAAUAGUGAUUACAUUCCUCAUACCAUUUAGUAGAAAGGCAACUUUUUUCUUACUACUAUCGUUGUGGUUCGGUCAUUUCUUGGGUUGUACUUUUUUCACUGCUGUAUUAAGCUUGGAUCACAGAAGACUAGAGGAAAAUGAUUUAAUUUCAAUCGACAGUAAUGUACUGCUAGAUGAAGAAAUUUCAUCUGUAUCAAACUAUGCCUCAUUGGAGCAACAACUUUUCCGUUAUUUGAAAUCCUCCUGUCGUAAUCGUUAUUCUGUGAUAUUAACCGUAUUGUACCUGGUAAUUUUCAAUAUCAACUUUACGGUGGCACGUUCUUCUUCAUCGUUGAUCUUCAAAGUGUUCCGAGGCGGUAUUAAUAAAGUCUUCAAAUUUGGGAGACCUAUUCCUAACGUUAUCUUUGAUCAAAAAUUCAUCGCAGAUGCUGCAUUUAAUCUAAUCAAAAACGAUGAAAACCAAGGUACUUCGAGUCUUUUAGCCAAUUUAACGGUGAAGGAUCCCUUUUUGGUGUUAAAAUAUCAGGAAGAACUGAACCUAAACGAAUUGGGAAGUCAAUUGUCCUCCAUAUUUGAUGCCUCUGCCUUUACAGCAUCUUACAAGCUUGAUUUCUAUUAUGUUUUUGAAUUUUUAUUAUCUGUCGUAUUACUGCUUUCAUGUACAUUGUUGGUACUACAAAAAUUGAUGGAAAAACUAGAUCACAUUAAUAGUUUCCAGUUUACGAAUGGUGAUAGUUUAGAAAAUUCCAUGACCCAUGCGGAAGCUAAGAGGAGCAAAGCUGGUAAGAACAAUUAUUUGCAAAAUCUGCCCCACAUUAGCGAGGAUACUGGUUCAAAGCUACAGUCACCCAACCAUUUCCAUGCCAAAGAACUGUAUAGAGGAGGCCAUUCGUUAGAUAUCGUGGGUAUAUCUACAUCGAAAUGCCCCUUUGUGGUUUCCGUUGGACUUGAUUAUAGAGUACUGGUCUGGUCACCUCUAUUAAAGCCUAUCCCCAAUCCAACCAGCAUACCUUUAUCUCGUAAAUUUUGGCCUUUGUCAAAAGUGGUUUUGAGUAAUGAUGGUUACUAUAUUGCGUUUUUUGGUAAAAAUGGUAGCAUUACAUGCUGGUCAAGAAGACAGAUGAAAUUCGUUUGGGAGCUUCAAUUGAAAAGAGAUCGUCAAACAAAGGACCCUUCCAUUAUUGCUCCGCCCUUGGAGGCAUUCUUUAGGAAAAUUACAGCCCCUGCUUUCAGGCGAAGAAGGUUACCGCCAGCAGCUGCAUUAAGACCCGAUGUGAACAGUAGGCGGUCCAGUGUAAACUCGAUUGAUUAUGCUGCCAGAUUGGCUGAAGGUGGGCUUGAUGUCGCUUAUGAAAAAGUAGUUUUCUCUCAAGCGAAUCCAGAUGAAAAGGAUGAAUUAGUAUUUGUAACACCUUCGGGUUACCUUUACAGCAUCCAAACUGAUGGUGAACUCCAUGUGGAAAAGCUUACUUCAUCAAAGCACUCUCUGAAAUCGUGUAAGCUUUUAUCUUCACCAAGAGUCAGUGAUAGGUUAGUUGCAUGCGAUGAUGUUGGUGAUCUUUACGUUUCUACCGUGGUUAACAAUAAAUGGAGGCCUAGGACCCUUACUGUAAACUACAACAGAAUGCUUGAACCUUCCACGCAUUUUAGCAAAAUGGAAGAAGAUCGUUCAGCAACUCCUUCAGUGGAUGAAGCCCAGAUAAUGUCCAAGACAGACUACACAAUUGAAUUAGUCUCGUUUGUUGGAUUGAUUUUGCGUGUCAUCGGUAAAGAAGCAGAAUUAAUCGAUGCUAUGACUGGUUGCGUGAUAAGAACUUUUGCCAUUGGUCUUUUGAAGCCCAAUUCUUUGCGAGUAUUUCAUGACAAUCCAACCCACUGUAGAUUUUGCGGUAGUGCAUCAGUGGCAUCAUUCUCUAUUGCAUAUACUUCUUUCGACAACGAACGAGUCGCAUUGCAUACCUUUAAACUAGAGAGUAAGACAAAGAAUAGUAUUUGUUUACGUGUUGAGCGUGACCCAAGAGAAAUUCGUUGUUUAGGUAUGGAAUCUGCAUUUGAAACGGUUCAUUAUUUCUACGAUGCUGAAGAUUGGUGCGUUACCAAUAAUAAUAUGCUUAUAGGUAUUCGUCGAGUACCACAAAAUAUCAAAGUGAAAACUGGUACAACUUCUGUUGAUACAAGAACAGGUACUGCUGAUAAUGAAUCAAGUGGAUUGAUAAGAAGAAAGUAUGAUAAAUCUGAGAGGGAAUCUAAGGUGAAUGAUUCAUCAGAUUUCCGCAUCCAUAACAUUUGGGAAGGUUGGACGAUGACCGCCAGUGGUAAGAUUUCUUUACAAAAGAUUCCAAUUGGUGUCAAUGGAUUACUAGUUAAUCGGUUAGGACCCUUAACAAGAUAUGGUGCCAAAGCUGUAAUUGUCGGAUUUUCCAAUAUAAUGAACAUGUUUUACGUUGGCCAUGAAGAAUUGAUCUUCAAUCCCGAGAAGGAGGAUGCUAACAAGGAGGAAUUGAGUCUAAGAUUUGUCAAUAAAAGAAGAGACCGGCUCUCCAACAAGAAGCUUCCUCUAAACUAUAGCUCUCUAUGA